CAUCAAAUCAAAUGACAUCCGUCCAAAGACAUGGGGGAUCUGCUGGAUAUAGUGAACAGCCGGUGAACUCUAGCUGAGGGCGCCACCAAACCUGCAUGCCUCUCGGUCUCUCGCCAAAGGGAAGGGAUCGAGUCAGCGUCUCAGCACUCAGCAAGCAGGAGAGACCGUUAGCACCUGGCACGGUCCCGCUCGAGAAAUUCCAUCGCAUCCCUCGUGGAUUGUCUUACCCUCCUCCCCUCCGGCCAUUGGCGUGGCUUCCGAAGUGGAGUUGCUGCGACGACAAGGUCCCGUUGACAGGGGACUCCGUUAGUCUCCUCUGCCUGAGUCUAGUGCUGUCUCUUUCUAUCCCGGUUGGGACGGAGAACGGACUGCUUCGGAUUGGAUCGUUUUUUUGGCUCUGUUUUUCUGCUGACGGACGGACUGAUUGAUUCCUAAGCCAGAGAGAAGAAAAUUUUUUAAAAAAAAGGUAUGGUCAUCAAGUGCACCGACGAUGGUUAGGCUGGCCUGCCCACCAGGUUGGAUGGACAAGUUUCCCUUGAUCCGACCAGACAAUA